CAUCUCCUGCUCUGACUGCAGCUGGGAUGGACUGCUGCGCGAGGACUGGGCCGCCUGUGAGUGCUUUGGGACGGGGUUGGGGCCCACAGCAGCACCCGCUCCUCGCUGAGAAGAGUAAGAACGAUACGUGCUUCACGUCAGAGUCUCCAAAAGUCUCCAAUAACACCAGAAAAAAUCGCUAGAUUUGUCACUAGUAGCUUAUUCGAAAAUGUGUCGCUAGAGGGGUCUGAAUACUCGCUAAAUAUAGCGACAAAGUCAUACGUCAAACUACAUGGUGUUAGGAACUUGUAGUCCUUUCUGUCACCGACCUGCUGAUCGCCCCUCCCCAUCGCUCUGAUUUGCUCUCUCGUGCUGCGGAUCAAAGGGGCGCUCAGGACACUGAACAUAGUUCAUACAGUAAAUAUUGGAGUUUUCUCUGCCGGCUGUGCUGUCUCGAUGAGAGGAAAGGCUAAUGCAAGCGAUAAAAACCUCAAGGACUGAGCACCAAACCAAGGGGAAAGGUUUAGAAUAGCUGCUUCUGCAAAUAUGGAUGAUCUAAAGCACCAAGUUAUGAUAAAUCAGUUCGUUCUGACUGCUGGAUGCGCGGCAGACCAAGCAAAACAGCUUCUACAAGCAGCACAUUGGCAGUUCGAGACUGCAUUGAGUGCCUUUUUUCAAGAAACCAAUAUUCCAUACAGUCACCAUCAUCAAAUGAUGCACACUCCAGCCAACACACCAGCAACACCUCCUAACUUCCCAGACGCCCUGGCCAUGUUCUCCCGCCUCAAGGCCUCAGAGAGCUUCAACGGCAGCAGUCCCAUAGCCUCCAUGGCGACCUCUCCUCCUCAGGUGAACUGGGCCAUGGGCCCUUCUGCCCCAGGUCAGACCCAGCAGGGCCUGUGGACUCCUGGGCAGCUGUCCUCUCAGGUGCCUCCCCCUGGGUGGCCCCAAGCCGUCACUCAGCAGGCCUCCAGUGAACAGGCCAGCGUCGCCAUGGAGGCAGAGAGAUGAGAGCACUGCAGGGGCCUCGCAAUAACAAGAGGAACCAAUAUUGGGCAGUCCUCUUUGACAAAGUGAGAAAUGAAUUGGCUGAAAGGGAAAGCAGAAAACCAAGCAAUGUUGUGGACAUGCACUGAGGACAGAAAGGAGGAGCAUACAGCUUAUGAGCAUACAGCUUAUGAAGAUUCACAUGACUCCACAUUGUAAAAAUCUGCAGACAAUUUUAGUUAGGAAUAUGUAGAUUUUUUUUUUCAUUGAUCUGAAACCAGAGACAAAGAUGGACUUGUAUGACUAGUUGCGAAGAAGGAUCUUGUUGUACACACCGAUGUAUAUGACAGUGUCAUAAUCUUUCCUUUGUCUUUCUGGAGUUGUGUCAAUGAACUGGAUGCCUUUGCUACUGGGGGUGCACUGCAUAAAUAACAUCAUUCUUCUUUAGUUUUUAACCAGUGUAAGUGUGUGAAUAUCAUGUGUUCUAGUAUUCUAAUGUGCAUAGAAACCAACUUGGAUCUGCUUUUUCAAACAUUGGGUAAUGACUUUGACUGUCCCACUCACACAAUCAAGGAACACCAGCUAACCAACUAUGUUUAAGCAACUUUACAAACUGCUCCUCUUUAUAGACAGUGUGUCUGUCUGCAUUGAAUGCUAAAGGAUGUUAUACUUCAAUCACGGUUCAGUGUUUUUUGUAUGAUUUUGUUUUCAGCCACUAGUGUUCGGAGGAAAAGUGAGAUUAAGGUUUCUGUCAGAGCUAGACUUCUUGCUUGAUAUUCCAGCUGUGCACCCUCUCUAAGUAGCAGACAGCUAUUUCAUGAUACAGUGUUGUUGUUGUUGCUUAAGAUGGAAAUCAGCAUAUUAGGGGAAAAUAAUAAAGAUGAGCAAAAAUAAGAAAAAAACAGCAUAUUUUGUGAUGCUGUCUCAGGAACUCUCGGUUUAAAAAUGUUUGGUCUAGGCAACUGAUAAUAUUUUUUAUUGUGUACAAUGGAAUUAAUAUUGUAAUUGAAAAAAACUGACAAAUUCAGAGAAGGCCCCAUCCAAACAUUUUCUAUUCUACGAUCUGUUAAUCUGAUAAUCACACUCUAGUUUUAUUCGGCACAUUGGUUAAUCUGAACACACGCCUGUUCCUCAAUGUUUUCCAUGAGACAGCUACCACAACAAUGUUGUGGAUUACCAGACAAUUAACUAAAUUUUUUGUGUUUCUGAAUAAAUAUUGUAUGUAUUACACUGCAUUAGA